AUGGGUCCCAGCAGCUACUGCCGUGAUAACCAGGGCUAUUUCUACCACUGCGACGACUCCAGCUGGGGAUCGGGUAACUCUUGGCGCCGCUGGUACGGUGAGGGCGGCUACAGCGACCUGUCCCGCAGCCUGGGCCGGGGUCAGGUCACGUUCGCCCCCUCUGGCGGUGUGCAGCUGACCUGUGACUUUUCUCAGACGGGCCGCUCCGACUGGGACGGGAUGGUCACGGACAUUGUCUGGCGGAAGGUGGACAGAACCUUCCGCAGGACCACGGGCGGCAGGUCCUUCUUCACCGACAGCCGCUACAACGGCCGCGGGUUCUCGGACCGCGCCUCAUUCGUCAACAUUGGCAGUGUCGACGCCGGCGUCGGCGACCGCUUCGACGGACGCUACGGCAGCUUCGGCGGCUACAACGGCGGUAGGUACAGCGGCUUCAACAGGCCGGGGUACUACGGAUACAACACUGGCAGCGGUGGCUACUACGAUAACAACUAUAACGGGCCCUACCGCGACAGAGGAGACGGGUUCUACGAUGGUUUCGGCUCCUCCAGCAUGGGAAGUUUCAGCGGGGGGUAUGUGCGAGACGACUACCUCGGUCCCGCCAACACCGGCUUCGGUGGCCGGCCCGGAUAUGACUCGGGCUACUACAGCUCUGGGUUUGGUUCUGGCUGCUCCGGCGGCGGCUGCGGCUGCGGCGGGCGGCCCUGGUAUCGCUGUCUCGAUAGUCGGGUUCGGCGGAGGAGGCGACACGUCUCCACCGGAGGUCGGGCCAUGUCCUGCUGGGUCACCCAGGGUCCCGGCUGGUCCACGCUGACCCUGACCCGGCCCGGCCCGGAGGACGAGGGGCUCUACAUGUGUGUGGGCCGCAGCGGGGGGUCGCGAGCUGUGUCGAUGGAGGUGGAGUUGUCCAGGUAUGUCGCCGGUGGCCGCUACCGCAGUGCACUGCUGAAAACGGAGCCCGACAGAGUGGUGGAGGAAGGGGCAGAGGGGAGAGAGGAGGAAGAGGAGGAGGCGGCGGCGAAUGAGGUGGAGAAGUAAGGGAUAAGACUCAGAGAGU